AUGAUUACUCAAAUUAUUAUCCUUGUAUUUACUAUUCAAUUUUCCCAUGGAAUUUUGAACAAAAUUAGUGAUGUUCAACCGGGUUACGGUUAUAUCGGUCCAGCAUGUGCGGUUUUUGAUGGUACUUUAUAUUUACACGGUGUUUCAAUGAGACAUUUAAGUAUUCAAGAACAACGAGUUUUUCGAGCUUAUCAAAAUGAUCUCAGCGUUUUCAAUGAGUAAGUUUCAGUUAUAUUUUUUUAGAAAUAAAUUAGGAAAGGAACAUUUUCAGUGCCACGUAUGAUUCAUUUGAAACAAAUGUUCCAACAGUUCCGAAGUUUUGUGGAGGAUAUGAUGAUUCGAUUGAAAUUGUUUUAGAUUCUUGCUUAGUUCGAGUAAGUUGAAAAUUUUGAAUUUCUGAGAAUUUUUUAUUUAUGUUUUCAGAAUAACCAUGUGUAUGUUGGAGAUAUGUUGAUUCGCUCAUUGACUAAUUUUGAGCGACAAAAAAUUCAACUAGUUAAAAUGCGAAGAAUGUAUGGAGAAUCUAGAAAACGAAGAAGUCGUCGAAGUUCGAAUCCAAUCAAUAAACCACAUAGAGACUUCAGUGAUAUGCUCCAUAAAUUGUUGAAUAUAAAUGCAACAGUUACUCAACGUUUUCUUCCAGUUGUUAGUAAAAGUCCAAUGUUUGCAAUGGAAGGACCAUGGCAGAAUCUAUUGGAAUUAAGUGUGAAACAACCAGGUGGUUUGACAAAUUUAUUGAAAACAGGAAUUGAAACAACACAACCCGAGUCAAAAAUCGAAACACCGUAUCGAGCGACUUUCACAACUACAAUGAGACCAAUCUCUUUUUUCAAGUCCAUUCCAGAAAAACCAAUCAAAAUGUAUAAAACAACACCAGCAACCAUAACAGAAGGUUGAUAACUUUUCAAAACAAAAAAGUGAUAAUCAAAAAUUAUUUACAGCUCCAAUAACAACUUCCACAGUUCGACAAAUAUCUAUAAACCCAAUUCGACCAGUUCAAGUUCGACCAGAUCCUCCAAAUGUUAAGACUGUUGUUGAUCCUCUUAUUAUUCAACUCAUCAAAAAAGCAUUAUCAAAAAAUCAAUUGAUUGAUGAAAAUGCAUUGAAGAAAAUUAUGAGCAAACCAAUAUCGACUACGGUAUUUUUUUUUGAAAAUUCAAGCAAAAAUAAUAUUUGUUUUUUUUUAUUUCAGACAACUGUUCCACCACUUCGUUUCACAAUUCCACCGUCUUUUCCAACUUCUUCACAAGUUGCUGGAUUCUCGCACAAUCAUUUAUUCAUUCCACAUCAACCUUAUACAACACUUUCAUCGACAGAUCCGAAAUAUAUUGAACCAUCUAAAUUAUCUCAUCGAUUACCUAAUGAGAUUUGUAGAGUUCAUCUAAAUCCUUUCUAGUUUUUUUUCAGAUACCUCUGGUUUUCAUCGGGUUAAAUAAAUACAUUUGUAAAAAAAAAUAACGAUCACAUCUGCAAAAACUUUGAGGUUUUGUUGUUGUUUUGAAGAUUUUCAAAAAAAAAUAUCGCGAAAAAUAUUUUUCACAUUAAAAACGUGACAUAUUUCGUCAUUGAUUCCACGUCAGUUUGAUCUUGAUAAGACUAGUAUAAAAAGGGUAUCUAAAACCCAUAAAAUCAACCCAUAGUUCAAUAUGGCUCAAUCAGUUCCACCAGGAGAUAUCCAAACUCAACCAAAUGCAAAGAUUGUGUUCAAUGCCCCGUAUGAUGACAAACAUACUCAGCAGUUGCAGAUGUAGCUAAUUCAUAGCUCAACCGAUCGCAGCCCUUGACACUUGCGUUUUAUUUACGAACAGUGUGCGGUUUAGCUACAAACACACACCGAAGUCUGUUUUACAAGGGAACCUUUUUUACUCAACACUUCAAAUCAUGAUGAAAUUUGGUCCAUGGACAGCUUUUGGGGCCAUAAGAACACCCUAAAAAUUUCAGUCUCCCAAUCGACCUCUGAGCCAAGUUCUGGGCUCUCAAAAACUCAAAAAAGGCCUAAAAAUGGUCAUAAAAGUCAUCAUAGCUCCAUUUCAAAAUUUUUUUGGGAGAAAUGAAGUUUCAGAUAUUGAUCAGCAUAGUCGAUUACCUAAAAGUACAUCAAUAAAAAGUUUUAUUUCGAAAAAUUUUGAAGUUUUUUAUUUUUGGGCUGAAAAUUCAUAUGUGCCCCUGCUCGUUCUUUUUUUCAAAAUCAAAAAUUUUUCUGAAAAUUCGAUUUUUUGAUGGUUUUUGGGUAAAUCGAUCACGCUGAUCAUCAUCUGCUACUCAGUUUUUCAUAAAAUUGAUCGAGAAUUGAGUUAUGACGUGUUUUAUGAGCCAAUUUUGGCAAUUUUCGAACUUUUGAGAGCCCAGAACUUGGCUCAGAGGUCCAUUGGGAGACUAAAAUUUUUAGGGUGUUCUUAUGACCCCAAAAGCUGUCUCUGGACAAAAUUUCAUCAAGGUUUGAAGUGUUGAGUAAAAAAGGUUUCCUUGUUAGCUACGAAACACACACGCAUGUUUUAGCUACGAAAACUGUUUUCCUGUUUAUUGCGAAAUACUGCUCAUGCGGGGUUCUUUCUGUAUUUGGCGUAGUUAGAAAACUUGCAAAUAUAAAACAUUUAUUCGUAUCGAAACAUACAAUAACAUAAGAAUAUGAAAUUACAGUCAGUUAUUCACCAGAAACACUUAAUUUUCUCGCAGUUGUUUGAUAGCUCCUGGACCGGCCGAAUAUUAGAUAGAAAAGUAGCAACUGAAGUCUCCGGUAGGCUUGCAAAAAUAGGGCGGUAGGCUUGCAAAACAUGUCGAUGUGGUGUUUGUGCAUUUUGCGACUCCAUUUGGCGGUUUAACUUCCCAAAAACCUAUUAGAAGCCAACUUGGUCGAGAUCCAUGACAUCCGGCAUUCUUCUUGUUAUUGGCAUCUGUAAAUUGAGAAACACUGUGGAAUAUUGAAAAAUGUGUUGGAAUUACCUCAUUUAUUGAAGAUUUCACCAUCACUUUCCACUUUUUCGAGAAACGCAACAAACUGACUGUUUUUCUGCAAAGAUUCAACGUAAAACGUAACUUUUAGAUGAACUUACUCGUUCUCCAUCGAUAAAACACUGACGCGUAGACGAUAUAAUAUGUUACCAGCACUUUUCUAGGCUUUAAGUCACGAAAAUCGUCGAAAAACAAAACAAAACGAAGAAAACAUGUUUGCGCGCCAAAAAACCGUAUCUAAAACGUAUGUGUGUUUUAGCUGAGAAAUCGGUCAGAAACACUGAGCUAAAUUUUUGCUUCGAUUUAGCUGGAGAUUCAAGUUCUUUCUACGGUUCAGCUACGAAAACCAUCAAAAUAUGAUUUAGCUACAUCUGCAAAUGCUGAGUACCUACCACAUCAAGGUAAUCAACUCAUCAGCUCGUCGUAUUGGAUACGGUAUCAAGACAACCAAUAUGAAGAGAUUGGGAGUUGAUCCACCAUGUGGAGUUUUGGACCCAAAGGAAGCUGUUCUUUUGGCUGUUUCAUGUGAUGCGUUUGCAUACGGACAAGAAGAUACCAACAAUGACCGUAUUACUGUCGAAUGGACCAAUACUCCAGAUGGUGCUGCCAAACAAUUCCGUCGUGAAUGGUUCCAAGGAGAUGGUAUGGUUCGCAGAAAGAACUUGCCAAUUGAAUACAAUCCAUAA